UAUUUUAUUAUUAAAUAAACAGAGAGAAAAAGCUGGAUCCUUAUUUCCUGAUCUUUAAGAAACAAAAAUAUUUUAGUUUCGUUAAAUUAAUAGUUAGUUAAGAGUAAACAGUUUUAUUAGCAUCCGAAAAAAUGUCUCUCGUUUCCCCAGCUUCCUCUGAACCCCCUUCGGCGGACCCAAUCCCCCCCUCCCUUCCCCCACCGCCCGACAUACUAGCCAUCAUUCCGCCCUCACCAGGACCAGAUCCAGCCACACCUACAGUGGUGCCCUCCCAACCCAGUCCCAACCCAACGCCGGCGGUAAAAUCCUUUCGGGAUACAUUGGUGGAUGGAAAUGCUUCCAUCGAGCCUCCCCUCGUCACAUAUGAAGAAUUGGUGGUUGCGAACCUGGAGUAAGAAUCCUCAACCCCUAUGGCAGAAGAUGUGUCACACCAAGGUAGUUUGUACCGUAUCGUACCGGUUUUAGAGGUUAACCGAAACGGAAUA